AUGGCUGAUUCCGGCAGUGGUCCUGUUCCUUCGGUCUAUCCAGACUUUGAGGGACCAUAUCGCUACGAGGAUGCGCCGCCAGUGGCAGCACCGCCUCCAGCCCAACAAAUUGCUUACCAAGAGCAAGGUCAACCAGCCACACCACUGACGCCCGCGACACCAACCACUACAACCAAAUCAAAAGGUAAUGGAGAGGUCAAGCCCCGUCUUAGAAAGGCCUGCGAUAGUUGUAGUGUGAGGAAAGUCAAGUGCGAUGAAAGUGGUCCACCAUGCAAGUCAUGUGCAAGUCUCGAUAUCCCAUGCACGUUCAACAGACCAAGCCGACGAAGAGGCCCUCCGAAUAGACAUGCAGAGGCUGUUAAGCGCCAAAGACUGCUUGACGAUGGUAGCUAUAAUUCGGUCGAAGUUGCAUCGCCUACAGCCGAAGCAGCUUAUGGUCUGGCUGCGCUCUCUGCACCCAUGUCAACACAACUUUCAGCCGAGACGAUCUGUGACAUUGCUACGUUGAACGUGCUCAUUGAUGACUACUUCACCUACAUCCACCCUCUGAUACCUAUUCCGCACGAACCCACCUUUCGAGAACAGUUUGCCAGACGUGAGGAUCAGACGAACAAGAGCUUCCUAGCAUUGGUUGCUGGGAUGAUCGAGUGCUUGGUAACCUCUUUCCCCCGAAGAGUCAAGCAGGUCUUCGUGACACCUGAGGCGAGGGCCAUGUUCCCCAAUGCUAGCGUCCUUAUUGGACGCUGUCAUUUUGUCUUCUCGGAAGCACGAGGCAAAGGCUUCCUUGACCGAGAGGACCUCAACCUCUACGAUGCAUGUGGAAGCUAUCUAGCUGGCUUGUCUCUCGCUUACAUGUACGACCUACGCAGAUGGCGUCUUUACUGCAGUGAAUGUGUCAUAAUCUUGCGGACACUCAACUACCAGAAAGCAGAUGAUCAUACCCUGCAGCAGACUCCGGGUGAGCACAUCGACUAUGUCGAACAACAGAGUGGUCGCAGGCUGUUCUGGCUAUGUUUUGUUGGUUCCAUGACCGUGCGACAACUCGGCAGCUCAGACUCUGACGUGAUCAUGCCUCAUGCACACUCUGACGCUCUGCCGCCAUUACCAGUUGAGGUUGACGACAAGUACAUUGUUCCAAAUGCUAUCCUCGGCCAACCACAAGGUGAAAUUUCGAGACUUGUGGGGUUCAACUACAACAUCAAGAUCUAUAGAGCAUUCCAUGCCAUUACCGCCAUCGAAAUGGCUGUCGGCGCCAAUAGAUUGUUUGACUGGGAACGUCAACGCGCAGCCAUUCGAAACGCUCUUCGAAAUGUAAAGGCCAUCACAAGAGAUGUCCCAUCAGAACUGCGACUCGAGCAACGACCUGAUCUUGGCGAAUGGCCACCCCGUCAACCUCAAUCAGAUCUUGCUCAAUACACCCACCUACUCAAUGGGCGGCGCGAUCCUACUGCUGACCAGCUUGGCCUUCUCCCAGCUAGCGACCCACGGCGGACCAUGUCAUACCCUCGACGGACUGUGCAGUUCGAGGUCCAGAAGGCGAACAUUUACGGCUCCCAGCUUGCGACACGGUCUUAUCUCGUGGAACGAUACUGGAACCUAUAUGAGAUCUACCAGCAACAAAAAGUCAGCACGGCUUCGCCUCAGACGACUUACAAGGUAGAGGAACCACAAAACCCACAAGUUUCUCCUACUGUGGCCUUUUUAGCUACAGGCUUCGAGUCUCGCUUCCAACCACCACGAACGGAUCACACCCCGAGCGAGUCCGCGGCAACUGACGAUGGCGAAACUCAAAUGGCUCUAGAACGGGAAGAUAUUGUCAGAGAUAUGGCACGCUUGCUCAAGGCUGUCAACCAAGUCAACAUGGAACCAAAUGGUCAUUCAUUUUGCGACAAAAUACGCCAGGUUGCCUCUACUCUUCUAUAUCAAGAUCGUAGCCCCGUCAGCAGCAUGAACCUCGAUGCUGGUGAGGUUCAAGAGUACCUGAGAGGCUUUAUUGACAUCCUCUCCAAGCUCGAGCGUAUCGGAACUUCACUCAUGCACGGCGGCGAGCCUGCGCAGAGUGGCAAUCAGUACAUGCAAGGGCAACCGAUGCCUCAAGGCCAAAUUCAGCUGGCGGGUAUUCAAGCAUAUGCUGGCAAAACACAAGAAGAGAUUGAGGAAGAGGAGCUGGUACAGUGGGCGAGUUUGAAAGAACACCAGGAGCGUUUCGUGAUGAAGCAUGAGGGUUACUUGGCGCUAUAG